AUGGGUUUUCGGAGUUUGCCGUCACCACCGUCGACAACAACAGAGCCAACACAGCCAACAUUGAAGGACAACACUAGCCAGAAAAUGAUGCAGGAGCCCGCCCCGCAACUAGCCCACAGCACUGCUCCCCUGGUGCUACCACAGCCGUCAAGUUUCGAUUCGAACGAGUCGCAGCAUCACAUCUUUCGAUACGAACAGCACCAAAAUCACCAGCAACACCAUCCAUACUACUACCAGCAGCAGCAGCAACAGCGACCUUGGAUGCCCAGUUUUUCCAGUGUCGUUAAACCUGCAAUCGAUUUGGUGUCCGUAUCGCCGCCGCUGUCGCAGCCCAAGCACGUGCAGAAGCACGUGCCAUACCAACACGUGAGCGCUUACCGUACAAACGCACACAUGUUAUCACAGCAACAGCCGCCCAGCUUCGCGCCCAGCUACCCGUCUUCGUACGUAGAGAGGUGCUCCUCGGGAUUCUCGGCUCCUGUGCCCGAGCUACCCGACGGUCGCAGUACUAACAGCAGACAAAGUAGCGUCGACAGCAACAGUCUCAGUGUCAGUGGUGCUAGAAACAGGAUACCAUUGCUGGGGCUGGCACCCCACCCGCAAUUGGCAUUCCCUCCGUCGCUGCCGUCCGAUCUGCCACCCGUCGCAUUCGGUCCCGAUCCAGGUGGUGUUGGUGGCAGGCAGUACAUGGUAGCCCAGCCACUUACGCCAACGGCUAUGACCAGCAUGACAGCGCCCAAACCGACUUGGUUCGCGAAAAACGGCAACACGGCUGGGGCGCCGCAAACAACGCCUCCAAGCUCGAGUUCAGCUCGCUCACUGCCGUCUUUACAGCAUCAGCAUCAGCAUCAGCAUCAGCACCAGCACCAGCACCAGCACCAGCACCAGCACCAGCACCAGCACCAGCACCAGCACCAGCACCAGCACCAGCAUCAGCACCAGCAUCAGCCUUUUACAUAUACCAAUUUCCAAGGUGUGAGCAGCGACGCAGUAGUCAACAACGAUAUCAGGGCGGGACUCAACGCUACGGGCGUCUAUAACCCAAAUUUACGACCCGCAGCCAAUCUAUUCUGCUGCAACCUGUGCUCCAAGACCUUUCGGCGUCGCUCGUGGCUCAAACGGCAUCUGCUAUCGCAUUCGAGUUUCAAGCCACAUAGUUGUCCCUGGUGUCAGAGUCGUCACAAGCGACGCGACAAUCUCCUCCAGCACAUGAAGACCAAGCACCCGCGUGAGGUGCUUCAAGAGCUGAUUCGCACGGGCAGUUUUAUCGAUACGUCUGUUUUAGAGCAAUUCACUACUGUAAGCUCAGAGAAUGGAGAGUUUGGUGGUUCGUCGGAGCCCAACAUCCGGACGCUGGUUGAACAGGGCCACCUUUGCAAGGAUCGGAUGAAAAGCGCGCUCAACGAGGUUAUAAUGAGUUAUGAAGCGGGGGACAGUGGCACUUGA